AUGGAGGAUGCAUUGUGGUCAGAUUGUAUUCCAUUAGAUAUACUCGGUUUAAUAUCAUCACGUCUGAUUGCUGCAGAAUAUUUUAUUUUUCGUGCCGUUUGUAAACGAUGGCGCGACGCACCUUUGACACCUCCACAUCGUCCUGCCCAAUCAGAAAAAUCGCCUUGUUUGAUCACAUUGCGUGGAGAUUCCGGAAUUAUUGAAUUCUUUCAUCCUGUGUACAAUGUCAUGACGACUACUUCUAUCCCAAACCCAAAAUUAAUGGAUUCCCGAAUUCGUAGUUCAAAAGGUAAUUGGUUACUCUUAAGUAAUGGUAGCCGUGGCAUGUUCUUUUUCAAUCCUGUUAGCAAUGACAUAAUUGAGCUUCCUGAUCUACCGUAUGAUAAUAUUUGCCCUUCUUGGACAUUUUCGUGUCCUCCAGACUCAUCGUCUGCUUGUUUUGUUGUUGGUAUUGAUUACGCUGGUAAUCCCCCAGACGUAUACAUCAUCAAAGUUGGAGAGACUAAUUGGACGUAUCAUAACUUAGACGAUCCAGCAGAUAGAUAUAAAUGUUUUUGUUUAUCGGCAUGCAAUAGUCCAAUAUUUUUCAAAAAUAAUAUUGUCUAUGUAUUGGGAGAUAAAGGAACUUUGGGAAUACUGACCAUCAACGAAAACUCAAUUCCUAGUUGGAAAUUUUAUGGGAAACCCUUUCCGCGUAGAAGACUAAAUCCAAUCCAAUAUGUUUACACGGCAAAAGAUGUCGACAACGAAGGAAUGUUAGUUGUAUUUCUAUCUCACCAUGAAGGGAAAGUAGAGGUUUGGAGAUACAAAAUGAACGGAGAAGUGUUGGAGAGGGAAAAAAUAACAAGUUUAGAUAAUAAUAAAACACUGUUUGUUAGCUCGGUAGGAUCGUGCUUGAAACCAUGUAUUGCACCGGGACUAGGAAACAAGAUAUAUUUUUCAAUGUUUCACAACAAAAAGGGUGUUUUCUAUUGUUUGGUCAAUCACAAAUAUUACUCUUUUGAUUAUUUGGGCAUCAAAGCUUAUUCGAGUCUAUACAUUUUCAACUUGUUUCGACCAACAUCAUGCAUUUGGAUCGAUGAUUAA